CUGUCUGGGCAGUGUCAGCUUCUGCCUCUGAAUCCUGACGGUGUCUUGGAUCCUGAGUGAGGCAGGAAGAAGGCAGCUUCUUCUGAUAAGAGAACAAUAAAUUCUUUUUCUCUGAAAGAUUCAGGUAUCCUGUGGCUGCUAGCUGGUGCGAGCACCUCAUUCCUUUCUUAAAAAAAAAAAAUCCCACUUACAUAGUUCCUAUUUUAACUCCAAAAGUUCCCUUUUAACUACAAAAUUUUAUUUACCAUCCUAUUAAAAUGUUAAUACAGCACCACUAAUCAAUACAACAAAACACAUACAGUAAAUAUCUGCAUGGAGCCAUACAAUAUGCACUUUUCACAGUGCCUGCUGACCUCUGCUCUGUGUUGCAGGUUUCCUCCCACGUGAGUCCCUGAGGUUCCUGCUGGCAGCCCCAGCAGUGCCCUGCAGAAGGCAGAAGUGCUCUCCUGCUCCUGGCUCAGCAGCCGAGGCCCCUCCAAACCUGCUUCUGCAAUGGAUGAUGGUGGUGACUCCCAGCGUGAUCUCGCUGCAGGCUUGGACUCCAAGGAAUACUGCCUGUCGGACCGGGACAUAGUGGAGGUGGUGAGGACAGAGUACGUUUACACGCGCCCACCCCCGUGGUCGGACACGCUGCCCACCAUCCACGUGGUCACCCCCACCUACAGCCGGCCGGUGCAGAAGGCAGAGCUGACCAGGCUGGCCAACACCCUGCUGCACGUGCCCAACCUGCACUGGAUCCUGGUGGAGGACUCGCAGCGCCGCACGCCGCUCAUCACCCGCCUGCUGCGGGACACGGGGCUCAACUACACCCACCUGAACGUGGAGACCCCCCGCAACUACAAACUGCGCGGGGACAUGAGGGACCCCCGCAUCCCCCGCGGCACCAUGCAGAGGAACCUGGCCCUCCGGUGGCUGAGAGAGACCUUUCACAAAAACAACAGCCAGCCCGGGAUUGUUUACUUUGCCGAUGAUGAUAACACCUACAGCCUGGAGCUCUUCGAGGAGAUGCGCAGCACCCGGAAGGUGUCGGUGUGGCCCGUGGCCUUUGUGGGCGGCCUGCGCUACGAGUCGCCCAAGGUGAACGCGGCGGGGAAGGUGUACGGCUGGAAAACCGUCUUCGACCCGCACCGGCCCUUCGCCAUCGACAUGGCCGGCUUUGCUGUCAACCUCAGGCUCAUCCUGCAGCGCUCCCAGGCCUACUUCAAACUGCGCGGGGUCAAGGGCGGCUACCAGGAGAGCAGCCUGCUCCGCGAGCUGGUCACCCUCAGCGACCUCGAGCCCAAGGCUGCCAACUGCACUAAGAUCUUAGUCUGGCACACAAGGACAGAGAAGCCUGUGCUGGUGAACGAGGGCAAGAAAGGAUUCACAGAUCCCAAUGUGGAAAUCUGACUGUGCGUGGCUGAGCAGAGACCAACACCAGAAGAUUUCUUCCUGCACAGCCUGCAAGGUUCCUCUGCACAGCACCCACCCAGCCAGCCAGGCGGGAGCCAGGAGCUCUGCUGACUCCCACGAGUUUUAGCCUUCAGAAAAACCAAGCACCACUGCAUACAUGAAGUCCCCGGAUCCCCUGCCCCUCCUCCCGGGCUCGGAGCACCGGCAGACGCUCCGGAGGUGGAGAACAAAGCACAGCAAGGCAGGACUGGCAGCUCCCGGCGCCAGGCUCCGGCUGGAAUGCGAGCAGGGCUGUGUGCCAGCACCUGGCUGAGGGUGAGAGCCACAGCAGUGGCCCGCGGGGACUGGUUUUGCUGAGAAACACGAACCUUGUGGCCAUGUGUGAGACAGCCUGAGCAGCUCUCUGGCCGUGGAGGGGACAGCUGCCUUCCUAGAUGGCACCUUAGCCCUUAAUUUUAAACCUACUUCAAUCUGUUACGCUGCACAAGACAGGAAGGGGUUGCGGAGGGGGAAAACAAGGCAGGUUAGAACAAACCCUUGAAGCAUCUCUGUUCUCUGAUUCCCUCUCCUUUUCCUUCCUCAGUUUCACACUUUGGGGGGCACCCUGAUGUUCCUCCGUGAUCAUGGAAUCCUGGAAGGGUUGGGGUGGAAGGGACUUUAAAGGUCCUCUGGCCCAGCCCCCUGCCCUGGGCAGGGACACCUUCAGCUGGACCAGGUUCCUCCUGGCCUGGAAUAUUCCCAGGGAUGGGGCAUCCCCCCCUCUCUGGGCAGCCUGUGCCAGUGGGACACCACCCUCAUUGUACAAAACGUCCUUUUAUCUAAUCUGUCCCAUUUGAGUUUAAAACCAUCAAGCCUUGCCCUAGCCCUGCUGAAAGGUUUGUCCCCAUCUUCCUUAGAAGACCCCAGAGUGGGGCAGGAUCAGGGAGCUGCUGAUCAGCACCAGCUCACCACUGAGCCUGAUGGAGUCAUGUCUCCAGCAUGUGGAUCUCCAAAAAUGCUAAAAUGAUGGGAAGUGGGGUUUGAUGAGAUUGUGGGGGCCAGACACCACAAUAUUCAUCCAGAUCUGGCCCUGUUUGGCCCUAAUUUGGUUCCCAUGAGGAUCAGGUGUGGGAUUCUCUCAAGGGUGCUCCAAUAUAAAGGCAAAUUUCCACUCUUAAAAAAAAAAAAAAAAAACUGCUUCAAACUAGGGAUUGGACACUAAGAGGUGAAUUUAGUGCAUUUCCCAUUUGACUGGAGUGUAUCCUCCAGCCCCAGCUCCUCUUUCUGCUACUGCAGAGCUGGUGUGAAAGGCCACCCUAGAGCAGUUCCCAGUCCCCUCUGAUGGAGAGCAGCACCCUUGGGAAGGGGAUCCUGGGCUCAGGGCUCUCUUAUUCACCAUCUGGUGGUGCUGCCACCACGGGUGACUCUGUUUGAGACUGCCAAACUUGCUGAGAUAAAAACUGAAGUACAACAGGCCCCUUCUCCCCAGCCAAAAGCCCUAAAUUCCCUCCCCCUCCAUAACUGUUGUCAAACCUUUGUCACCCUCCCCACCCCCCCAACGCUGUCCCAAUUCCUUCAAAAAUUUUGAAGCACAAUUUUACCUUUGAACUGAGGGAAAAAUGUAAUCCUGCAAUAGACUUGGUUAUUUUUAGCCCUAACACAUAGAACUAUUAAAAUGCUCUGGGUUUGAUUGUUGGCUUCACAGUGCAGAAGUCUCCCCUUGGACUAAUGACAUUGUGUAUUUCCUGAUAUUUCAAAGGAAAAUAUUUUUUGUAAGUUAUUUUCUCCCGUUGUACAUCAGAACCAUUGGGGAAAAGUCUCAUUCUUUAGUUCC